AUGGGACGUGUCAUGUUAUUUGUGUGUUGGCGGAUCGAUGUACAUCCGGCGAAGAAGGAGCGACCGGGCGUCGGGCGAGUUGGCGGAUCUGUUAGACGCAGAUCAGACGGCCAAGAUCAAAGCGGCUCUGCGGAGAAGCGCUCGGCAAGCUACGGCCGUCAUAAAUCUGGGGUCGCGCGGGUCUCAGAAAAAAAUUUGACAAAUCCCUCGACGGUGCCCGUCUACACCAUCUCUGGAUCAGCAACAGCCCGACCGCUACCGGAAUGGCUCGCGCGCCAGAGAAAGCGCAGUCUGAAGCAAGAUCCCGAGUGGGCAAACAGAGUCGAGCUGUUGCAGGACUUUGAGUUCGAAGAGGCCUCGCAAUGCGUGAGGGUGAGUGACGACGGCGAAUGGGUGAUGAGCACAGGAACAUACAAGCCGCAGCAACAUGUGCACUACCUGCCGCAUCUGUCGCUGUCGUACGCCCGUCACACCGACUCGCUCAACCAGACCUUCAUCCUCCUCUCGUCCGACUACUCCAAAUCGCUGCAUCUGCAGACCGACCGCACUCUGGAGUUCCACACGCCCGGCGGCAUGCACUACCGCACUCGCAUUCCCCGCUACGGUCGCGACCUGAAGUACAACAAGCGCGCCGCCGAAGCUCUGAUCCCUGCCUCGGGUGUCAACCAGGAUGGCAUGGGCGAGGUCUACCGCCUGAACCUGGAGUUGGGAAGAUACAUGAAGGGUUACGAAGUCGACGUCGGAGGUGACGACUGGACAAGCUCGGGCGCUGGCGCUCUCCAGGGCGGCAUCAACACCGGCUGCGUCAACACGGCCGCCGUCGCCGAGGACUCGCACAACCUCCUCGCCUUCGGUACGUCCAUCGGUACCGUCGAGUUCUGGGAUGGCCGUUCCCGCAGUCGCGUCGGUAUCCUCCAAUCUCCCACACAACACCAACAGCAGCGCCCACAAGUCACCGCCCUCGAGUUCCACCGUUCUGGUCUGAACCUGGCAACUGGCGACUCUGACGGCAUUGUGCACGUCUACGAUCUCCGCUCGCCCACUCCGCUCCUCACAAAAGACCAAGGCUACGGCUACGCUAUCCAGACACUCAAGUACAUGUCACCCACGUCGACUCAAGUGCAGUCGGAGAAGCUCAUGUCGGCCGACAAGCGUAUCAUCAAGAUAUGGGAGGCCAGCAACGGCGACCCGUGGACAAGCGUCGAGCCCGCCGUCGAUCUCAACCACGUCGAGUGGUGCAAGGACAGUGGUAUGCUCCUCACUGCAAACGAGGGCCGUCAGCAACACUCCUUCUUCAUUCCUCAGCUCGGCCCCGCGCCCAAGUGGUGCUCUUUCCUGGACAACCUCGUCGAAGAAAUGGCAGAGGACGCGCAAGAUCCUGGAGCCUUCAACGCCGGUACACAAGAGACUGGCGCCGUCUACGACAACUACAAGUUCUUGUCUACCCAGCAACUCCGUGAACUCAACCUCGACCACCUCGUCGGCACCACCUCCCUCCUCCGCCCAUACAUGCACGGCUACUUUGUCGCCCAGAAGCUGUACGAACAGGCUCGCCUGAUCAGCAAUCCCGACAUGUUCGAAGAACAACGCGCAAAAUCUAUCGCCGAGAAGAUCAACAAGGAGCGCGAGUCUCGUAUUCGUGGCAACAAGGCUGUCAAAGUCAAGGUCAACAGAAGAUUGGCAGAGAAGAUGGCUGCAAGAGAAGAAGCAAACGAGCGUCGCAAGGCCAGACGUGUUCUGCGCCAAGGAGGAGACGAGCCUCAAGCACAAGCAGAAGGAGAAGACGAAGAAGAUGCAGACAAGCCAGCGAGAGGUGUCCUCGGCGACGAGCGUUUCGCUUCUCUGUUCCAGGACGAAGACUUCGAGAUCGACGAGCAGUCUCGCGAGUUUGCACUUCACAACCCUUCAACAGUCCCUGUGGCAAAAGACACAGAACGCAAGCGUGGUCUUACAGCGGUCGAAGAAGAGGCCAACCAAUCCAUCCACGGCUCCUCCGACGACGAGUCAGAAAGCGACGUCGACGAUGCAGCAGCAGAGAGACAACAGCGCGGUGUCCAACGUCGCAACGACCGCGGAGACGACAACACCGUCGACAAGAAUCGCAUCUCCUCGACCAACUACCGCAAAUCAGGCCACAAGUCAAAGCAACCGCAAAUGUCCGUUUCAUCAUCACAGCCAAAGAACAAGAACGCCAAUGCCAAUCGUCGGGAUCGCUCAUUCGGCGACCUUGCCCAAGGACUCAAAGAUCAACCCAAGAGCAGCAUCAGACAAGGUGGCGUUGUUGGCGAAAAGGAAGUCACUUUCGCACCGCAAAAGGUACAAAAGAGACCUCAGAAGCCUAGAGAAUCAUAUGGCGGCGGUGAUGCCGACGAUGGAAACGGAAGAAAGAUACCCAGAGGUAAAGAGAGAAGGAGUGCUAGCGGAAACGUGUUUAGAGGCAUGUGAGCUGCUUGAUCACAUACAUUCGCAUCUGUUUAGCAUUGUCAAUAUACCCUUUUUUGUCGCAUCAAUCUUCUUCCGGUUCCGUGUCUUUUGGUCGAGUCUUAGAUCCUUCGCAUGCAAGAGGAUAAAGGUGUACCUUAAAGUGGAAGGUCGUUCUCAAUUGAGGUGCGGGAGUCAUGUGUUG